AUGCGAGUCGAUCAGGGAUUCGUGCCGCUGAACAGCUUCGGAGAGAAGGGUACCGAGGGUAUGGUCCUCCUGGAGGAAAGGUGUGAGGAUGGCUAUAAGACCGGGGUGCGCAUUGCCAAAUGGCGAACGCAGUUGGAGUGCAACCUCGAGAUGCCGACAGAUGUUGCGGUCUGGGAGAACUCGGACUGCAUUGCGCGCGCUGCGCGCAUUUGUCAGGCUUGUGGGUUGGCUUUCAUCGCCGAGAUUCAGACGGCACAGAACACCGGCUGCGCUGAACAAGACAUCAACGUCACUUCUGACGUGCUGGCAGCUUUGAUGGGCAGCCAUGGCUCGCAUGAUUCCAGCGCUGCGCAUGCGCUGCGCGUUACUUCAGAGCUGGAGCAGUCACAAGGUGGGACAAAGCGCAGUGGCGCAGUGCAGGCUGCAUUUUGUGGACAGCUUGGAUGCGAGGUUCCCUUGUGCCCGGCUGUGCGUUUUAGCUCCCACCGCUGGGCACAGUCAAGCGCUGGAAUUCCUCCAGACAUGCCCGAAAACCUGCGACAGAUCAUGGACGAUUACGCUGCCUGGCUGGCUACAGCUACUUUGUGCUUAGCGGAAUCCAUGAAUCCAUUCUGCAUGCUGUUGGCUAAGGAGCGACGAAGGGCUGAGGAAGACGCAAAGCAGUCUCUCCUCUCGCAAAUCGUCAACUCUACCGCCGGUGCGGUGAUAGGUGCUGCCAUUGCUGGUGGCAUUGUUUGGCUGCCUCUCAGCUCGCAAGCAAAGUCAGACAUGUGUUGUGGAAAGCUUGGGGAAGAAAGUGCAGCUCGAGUUCUGGUGAAAGCAGCGCGUUGGCGACUGCUCCCCAGGGACUUGGACAAGGAUGAUCCCUACCUGGUCAUUGAGCCGCAUGAUGGCCUCAAGUUCUACACGCCUGUUGGGCUUGGCCCUGGGCUGGACAGAAGCGCAGAGGGCGUCGGCGCCCUUUUCGACCUGGGCUUUGGGUUUGUGGAGGUCGGCCCCAUCAGCACGAGUUCGGAGCUGGAGGCCGUGAGACGAAAUCUCGAGCGACGGGAUGCCAGCCGGCAAAUCGCCCAGCUGGGUCUGGUGGGCGCUUCAGUCGGGGGAAGUCGAGAGGAGCUUCUGGCCCUCAUGGCUUCACUGGGCCCAAAGCUGCAGUUCCUCGCUGUAGACCUCACAGCUUUAAACGGAUAUGGCAAGAGGGAGGAGGAGCUGGCAAAGGUGGUUAAGGAGUUGGUACUUGCAGCUAUGCGGCUGCCGGGUGGUGGCCCGCGUGUCUUCUUGAGGCUUCCAGCCACGUGGCCACGCGCCACAGCGAGUCACGAGGAACGGCGGCGUGCUGUGGCUGAAGUUGCCGAAGUGGCCAGGCACAGCGAGGCUGCAGGUCUCAUCGUUUGUCACGAUGAUGUAGCGCAUGGUUGCCAGGGCACCCAGGAAUCUCGCCGACUCCAUCGAGAGCUCAUCUCUGAGGCUUUCGAGAAGACCAAGGGAGACGUUGCCAUCGUAGCCAGCGGGGGGUUGCGCAAUGCCCGGGAUGCCCUGGAUGCAGUGGAGGCUGGUGCCACGGUGGUGCAGAUCUCAACUCUCCUCCUGCAAGAAGGCCCAGCGGCAUGCCGCCAAAUCAAGGAUGGCAUGGCGCAGCUCCUGAUGCAGGAGGGCCAUGUGAACUUGAAGUCUGUGAUUGGUGCGGCUGUGCUGCGCAGAAGAGGCAAAGUCAAGCAAAAGAAGAGGAACCCCUGGAAGCCCAAGACCACUUAG